AUGGAUAUUCCUACAGACACCAGUCUCCCUGUGAAUUUAUAUCACUCGUCCAUUCAUGACUAUGUCUCCAACCCCUCAAACUGCAGCCUCCCUGAAGUGCAUGAUGUGCCAUCACCCCAUUCACUACUUGCUGAUUCCUCUCUUUGCUUGAUGAUGAAAGAGAUCCCUGAAAGCACAGACCUCUUGGAUGCGCUCUUAGAGCUGAAGAAGGAGAGCCAAGCAAUGCAGCCAGAGGACCCCAAAAAAUUGAAAGACUCAUUAGCAUUCCUCAUUCAGCCACUGGAGCUGCUGUCGGUUCUUAUUGGUAUACUAUGGCUUUGGGGAGAGUGUACUUUAGAUUUACAAUUUUGGCUGUGGACCGAGAAUGGAAAUGCCUGGUUGGGAACCAAGGGUGGGAGUGCCUGGUUAGGGACCGAGGAUGGGAGUACCUGGUUAGGGACCAAGGAUGGGAGUGUCUGGCUGGGGACCAAGGAUGGGAGUGUCUAG